CAAAUGUUUUUUAAUAGUUAUUGUUCUUGGGACGAAACACAUGAUUACUUUAAAAUUCUUUUAAAUACCAGUGCAAGUACUACAACUUGAGGGAUUUGAGAUCGCUUUGAAAUGAUGAGUGCUUCAGUUGAUUGCGAGUUGAUUGAGAGCAUGGAAGGCAUGGAAGUUAAGGAAGCUAAUACGGACUCCUUUAACGAUGGAGACCUAGUGUUUGCAAAGGCGAUAGGAUACAUUUCAUGGCCGGGAAUAAUAGUUGAGAAGCAAAGUCUUCAUAGUAUAGUUAACUUUCUGGGAUCUGACGACACUCGCAAGAUUGAAAACAUAAAAAUAUGGCCAUACAGCGAAAGAAAUAAGGGUAAAUUCAUAACUGCCGUGAAUUUGGAAUAUGAGGAAUUCCGGGAUGCGAUUGUCAUUGCAGAAAAACUAAGCUUCAGGCUUGAUCCCAAUAAAGAAAACGGUGCCUAUUUCUAUCGAGUAUUGAGCCAAAGCGAUCUACAGGAGCUGCAGGAGCAAGAUAAAGAGAGGCAGGAGGAAACCAGACCGAAGGAAGCUAGGAAGGAAGCUAGCAAGGACGUAACCGGGGAGGAAGAACUCGACAAGGACGAAGCCGGCAAGGAGGCCACCGGCAUUAAAGGACCCGUCGAGGAGAAACCCCAUAAGGAGCAACCCAUCCAGGAGGCAGAAAACCUUAAGGAGGAGAUGAUUGAGUACGUGAGAGUGCUGCGAAGUGAUCACAAAUCUCUGGAUGGUGGCAUAGAAAACAAAUUUAUCACGCUGGUGAAUUUACUGCGCCGGAGCUUAAAGACUAACCAGAUGGAUUACCCUUCCGCCGUGUUUGCCCUGCAGGAGCUUCAUGGAAUGGAAUUCAGUGAACUCCUUCUAGUGCGAAACUUUGAGGCUGUGAACUCUAUCUACCAUGUAUGCUACCUCGACACUGCCCAUCAGAAUUACAAGGAGGCGGUCCAGGUGCAGCUUAUGGCCAAACAAUUAAUUUUUCGCUUUGCACCAUUGAUUAGACUGUCGGAUUCUGUGCAAAACUUUAUGGAUCAGUUUCGAUCGCUUUCGUCAAUCUAUAGACGAUUCAUUAGUGAAUUUGAACCAGUACAACAACAGUCCAGCGAGGAGGAGUCUUGUCUGGCUGCUGUGCCUGUAACGGAAGCGGAAAAGGAAGCUUGGUUCGAGGAGGAAUCCGUCCGGGAAGCAAUGUUCCUAUCCGAUCAAGAUUUCUUGACACUAGCCGUAGAUAAAAGAUUCGACGAAUUAAUUGAUAUUUUGCGUCGCAGCGUAUCAUUCCGUCGAAAGGACUAUCCUUCCGCUUUAUUAGCAUUCGAUGAGCUGCUUUCUUUCACAUUUACCAAGCAAUUUUUAAUGCCGAAGUAUAAAGCCGUGUAUUUUGUUUACUAUCUAUCCAGAUCUGGCAGCGUCCUGCCUUGGAAUAGCCUUGCUAAGGCCACCCUGGUGAGGAGUUUGGCCAACCAACUAAUGGUUCGCUUCUUCUCGGUGUUCAAUUUGCCAGGUAUCACCGGGUACGAUUUUAUGGUCCACUAUUGUUCGCUUUACGCCUCCGAUAGCUCCGAAGCUGAAUCGGAUACCUAGCAAGGAAGCUAAAUUGGAGAUCUUUACAAAAUUCACAGGAAUUCUAGAAGCAGAUGCAGUAGCACUGAUAUCAGCCUUAUAUUUUAUAUAGUUAUAAGGAAUGGUAAGCUAAUAAUUAAUGAUAAGGAAUGCUGAAUAAUGAAAAAGACCGAAAAGAACUGAAAGUUUAUGCCAACAGAAACCAAAUUCCCUUAUUUUUUGUAACUGAAUCUCUGUACUUAUUCCAGUUUUCAUAGACUAUCAAAAAGUACAUAUAUUGUAUAUAGU